AUGCCUGAAGAAAUGGAGACACAGCCAGCGGAGGUUGAGACCUUCGCUUUCCAGGCGGAGAUCGCCCAGCUUAUGUCGCUGAUCAUCAACACAUUCUACUCCAACAAAGAAAUUUUCCUUCGUGAGUUAAUAUCGAACUCUUCUGACGCUUUGGACAAAAUCAGGUAUGAAUCUCUCACUGAUCCAUCAAAGUUGGAUAGCGGCAAGGAGCUAUACAUCAAAAUUGUGCCAAACAAGAGCGAAGGCACUUUGACUAUCAUCGACACUGGUAUCGGCAUGACCAAGGCGGAUUUAGUCAACAACUUGGGUACCAUUGCCAAGUCUGGCACAAAAGCCUUUAUGGAGGCCUUACAAGCCGGCGCUGACAUAAGCAUGAUUGGUCAGUUUGGUGUGGGUUUCUACUCAUGCUACUUGGUAGCCGACCGCGUCACUGUACAUUCCAAACACAACGACGAUGAACAAUACAUGUGGGAAUCGUCAGCGGGUGGUUCAUUCACAGUCCGCUCAGACCCCGGCGAAUCCCUUGGCCGUGGUACUAAGAUCGUUCUUCACAUUAAAGAGGAUUUGGCUGAAUUCAUUGAAGAGCAAAAGAUUAAAGAAAUUGUUAAGAAACAUUCUCAAUUCAUUGGCUACCCCAUCAAACUGGUAGUUGAGAAAGAACGUGAAAAGGAAUUGUCUGAUGACGAAGCUGAAGAGGAAAAGAAGGAAGAUGAUAAAGAGGAUGAGAAGCCCAAGAUUGAAGAUGUAGGAGAGGAUGAGGAUGAGGACAGUAAAGACAAAAAGAAGAAAAAGAAGACCAUCACAGAAAAGUACAGUGAAGAUGAAGAGUUAAACAAGACAAAGCCCAUCUGGACUCGGAAUGCUGAUGAUAUCACUCAAGAAGAGUAUGGUGACUUCUACAAAUCUCUCACAAAUGAUUGGGAAGACCACCUUGCAGUCAAACACUUCUCGGUUGAGGGUCAACUUGAAUUCCGUGCUCUUUUGUUUAUCCCUCGCAGAGCUCCAUUUGACCUCUUUGAAAACAAGAAACGCAAGAACAACAUCAAGCUGUAUGUACGCAGAGUUUUUAUUAUGGACAACUGUGAAGACUUAAUCCCAGAAUACCUGAACUUUGUCAGGGGUGUAGUUGACAGUGAAGAUCUGCCACUUAACAUUUCCCGUGAAAUGUUACAACAAAACAAAAUUCUCAAAGUAAUUAGGAAGAACUUAGUAAAGAAAUGCCUGGAGCUUUUCGAAGAAUUAGCUGAAGACAAAGAAAACUACAAGAAAUACUAUGAACAAUUUAGCAAGAAUCUUAAAUUGGGUAUCCAUGAGGAUACACAGAAUCGUAACAAAUUAGCUGACUUGUUGAGGUACCACACAUCUGCAUCAGGUGACGAGUCAUGCUCUCUUAAGGAAUAUGUUUCACGCAUGAAGGAGAACCAAAAACACAUCUACUAUAUCACUGGUGAGAACAGAGACCAAGUUGCUAACUCUUCAUUUGUUGAAAGGGUAAAGAAGCGUGGUUAUGAAGUGGUUUACAUGACUGAACCUAUUGAUGAGUAUGUAGUACAGCAAAUGAGGGAAUAUGAUGGAAUGACUCUAGUGUCUGUCACAAAGGAAGGUCUAGAACUUCCGGAAGAUGAGGAAGAAAAGAAGAAACGUGAGGAAGACAAAGUCAAGUUUGAAGGUUUAUGCAAAGUUAUGAAGAACAUUCUUGACAACAAAGUUGAGAAAGUUGUUGUAUCAAACAGGCUGGUUGAGUCACCUUGCUGUAUUGUAACUGCCCAAUAUGGUUGGUCUGCUAACAUGGAGCGUAUCAUGAAGGCUCAGGCUCUCCGUGAUACAUCAACAAUGGGCUACAUGGCUGCUAAGAAGCACCUUGAAAUUAACCCCGACCACUCAAUUGUUGAGACAUUAAGGCAGAAGGCUGAUGCUGACAAAAAUGACAAAGCUGUCAAAGAUCUUGUCAUCCUUUUGUAUGAGACUGCACUCCUGUCAUCUGGUUUCACUCUUGAUGAGCCCCAAGUUCAUGCUUCAAGAAUCUACCGUAUGAUCAAGCUUGGUCUUGGUAUUGAUGAGGAUGAGCCUAUUCAGAUUGAGGAGGCAAGCGUUGGAGAUGUUCCACCACUAGAGGGAGAAGCUGAUGAUGCAUCUCGCAUGGAAGAAGUAGAUUAA